AGAAGAAGAAGCAGCAGCGUCAUUGUUUUGCUUCCGUUUCCGCUCAAACACUGAAUGUUUAUGUUUUUUACAGACUGAAACAAGAAACAGCUGUCAGCAAAGAUCCAAGAAAAUUAGUCACCAUGACAGCCAAGCGUGGACUGAUAACUGAUUCCUUCAAUGUGGUGAAGAAAACGAGGAGAGGAGGAAAACGGACGAAGAGCCCCACACCUCCUCCAUGUGAGAGAGAGGAUGAAGCUAAAACUGUGGAAGAGGAAGAGCUGCAGAAACUGAAACAGUUUGACCUGGACUGGAGGUUUGGGCCCUGCUCAGGCAUCAGCCGGCUGCAGAGGUGGGAGCGAGCAAAGCUUCAUGGACUGAAUCCACCUGAGGAGAUCAGAGAGCUGCUGCAAACACACUCUGACCCUGAACACAGCCUCAGCUUGUGGAGGGAAUAUCCUUUCUGAAGAAGACGUGAGACAGAAGACGUGAGACAGAAGACGUGAGACACGUUCAUGCAUGUUUGUAUGUUGAUGUUUAAUAAUCAUGUUUACUGACGUUCUUCUACAGUUUGUUUUUAUUCAUGUUUUUAAUAAACGGAU